UGACAAUUAACUAAGUGAAUCUAAACGUUUUGUGUUUUUUUUUAUGGAUAAAAUUUUAUUGAUUUCACAACAUCCAGUCAAACGAACCGUUUUUGUGUAUUGCCUGUUUUUUAUACACACACCUGAAAAAUGGAAGAAUUUUGUGGUUCUGAAUUUUGGAAUUCCAACCUCACGUGGUAUACAGAUGACCCCGAUUUUACGGUGUGUUUCCAACGGACGGUGUUAGUUUGGGUGCCGUGUCUACUGUUGUGGAUGUUCUUUUGGGUGGAUAUAUUCUAUAUUAAGCGGUCAUUGAACCGAAAUAUUCCGUGGGGAAUAUUAAAUGUCAGCAAACUGCUUUUUACGGGAGCAUUGAUCUUAUUAACAAUAGUCGAUUUAUGCGUGGCAAAACGCUAUGUGAAUAGUAUGCAUUCCAUUCCAGCCGAUAAAUAUACGCUGGCAAUAAAGAUUUUAACGUUUAUAUUGUCCAGUCUGAUUGUGUAUUUAAACAAAAGAUAUGGUAGACAAACAUCGGGUGUGCUAUUCUUCUUCUGGUUGUUCCUUUUGCUGUUCAGCAUACCACAAUGCCGAAGUGAGAUUCGACGCAGAGGCGAAGAAAUCAAAAGUACCUGGGACGAAUACAAUUUCGUCAGUUUCAUGAUCUUCUUCACGAUCACAACAAUCGAGCUUUUUCUAAAUUGUUUAGCGGACGAAGAGCCAUUGGAAAGCAAAUAUCCAAGGACACAGAAUUCUUGUCCAGAAAUGAGCUGCAACUUUGUAUCAAAGUUACUGUUCGCUUGGUUUGAUAAAAUGGCAUGGAAAGGAUACAAAGCGCCACUAAAACAAGACGAUUUGUGGGAUUUAAAACCCGAAGACACAACAACGGAAAUUAUUUCAGUGUUUACGAAGCACUGGAAUACUGCACUGGAAAGUUCUAUCAAGAAAAGCAUGAAAUCAUCGAAAAACAAACACACUCAAUCAAUUGUUCCUGUAAUGUGGAAAUCAUUUGGUGGCUCAUUUCUGUUCGCCACAUCACUUAAACUUGCCGAAGACUUUUUGCUGUUCGUCGCACCGCAACUGCUCGGUCUUACCAUUGAUUUCGUCGAUUCCAGUAAAAGUGAUGACCGUCCCGAGCUUUGGAAGGGAUUCAUGUAUGCAGCAUUGCUAUUUGCAGUGGCCAGUGUACAAACAUUAAUAUUCACACACUUCUACCACCAAAUGUACAUGGUCGGUUUCCGUAUCCGAACGGCAUUAAUCGGUGCCAUUUAUCGCAAGGCGUUGGUGGUCUCGAAUGCAACGAGAAAAGAGUCGACGGUCGGUGAAAUUACCAAUUUGAUGAGUAUCGACGCUGACCGAUUUACCGAUCUGUUGUUGUACAUAAAUCUGGUAUGGUCAGCUCCACUUCAAAUUGGAAUUGCAAUGUACUUUUUAUGGUCGAUACUGGGCGUGUCGGUAUUAGCCGGACUUGCUGUGAUGAUCCUAUCAAUGCCUGUCACAGGGAUCAUUCUGAAUAUGCUGCGAAAAUUGUAUACUAAACAAAUGGCCAAUAAGGACGAACGAAUCAAAAUGAUGAAUGAAAUCUUAAAUGGAAUCAAGGUGCUAAAGCUGUACGCAUGGGAAAACAGUUUUCAAAGUCAUGUGAACAGAAUUCGUGACAAAGAAGUGAAAACACUUAGAAGGACUGCGUUCUUGGACUCUAGUGCAUACCUUAUUUGGGCUACAGUUCCUUUCAUAGUGUCUCUGCUCACUUUCGGUGUGUUUGUAUUGAUCGACGAGAAAAACGUUUUGACGCCACAAAUCGCUUUCGUCGCAUUGAAUUUGUUCAACAUAAUACGCUUCCCCUUGGUAAUGCUACCGGAUCUGGUGUCAAAUUUUGUUGAAGCGAAAGUUUCCGUCCAGAGGAUCAAUAAGUUUUUGAACAGCGAAGAACUUGACGCAGACAGUAUCGAACACUACGAUCAAGAAAGAGCACCCUUGGUAAUGGAAACGGCAUCUUUCUCCUGGGGCGGCAAAGAACCGUUGCUCUCCGAUAUCAGCAUCAGAGUGCAAACAGGAGAAUUAGUAGCUGUGGUAGGAAGUGUCGGUUCUGGUAAAAGUUCACUUUUGUCUGCGUUUCUCGGUGAAAUGAACCGACUUUCGGGCAGAAUCAACACGGUCGGACGCAUAGCCUAUGUUCCUCAACAAGCCUGGAUACAGAACUGUACUCUGCAAGAUAAUAUUUUAUUCGGCAAGCCGCUUGACCAGCAACGCUAUCUAGAAGUCAUACGAUCGUGCGCAUUGAAACCGGACCUCGAAAUGUUACCAGCCGGCGAUCAAACGGAAAUUGGAGAGAAAGGAAUCAACUUGUCAGGCGGACAAAAGCAACGAAUCAGUUUGGCAAGAUCGGUGUACAACGAUGCUGACAUUUAUUUCUUAGAUGAUCCGUUGAGUGCUGUAGACGCACAUGUUGGCCUGCAUAUUUUCGAACAAGUCAUAGGGCCAUCAGGAUUGCUAGCUUCAAAGACAAGAAUUAUGGUGACGCAUGCGAUGAAAUAUUUACCGAAAAUGGACAACGUUAUUGUGUUAAAAAGUGGAAAAAUCUCCGAAUCAGGAAGUUAUGCCGACUUAAUGCGCAAGAAAGGAGCAUUCGCUGAAUUUCUACUGCAGCAUGUACAAGAGACGAGCAUGGAUGGUGAGGAUAUGGAAAUUUUGAAAGAUCAAAUGGAAAUCGAUGAAGAGAUCGUGAGAAAAUUAGAACGAAGCCGGAGUCAAACAUCUGAGAAUAGAGUUGGUGCGAAAUUCGGUUCCCAGACACUAUCACGCCAAUCAUCCGAUGCCAGCGACACAAGUAUGCCAAGCACUACGGUAUCGAAAAUUAAUCAGAAAUUCAUACCAGAAACCAAGGAUACUCUGAUCGUCGAAGAACAACUACAAGUCGGCAGCGUAAAGUAUGACGUGUACAAACACUAUGUCAAGAAUGUAGGUAUUAAGUGGAUGGUAUUGAUGCUGAUGGCGAACGUAGUGUUUCAGAGUGUUUCGAUUGGUUCAAACAUGUGGCUGACAAUAUGGUCAUCAGACUCUGAAGCAGCAACCGACACUCAACGUCGGGAUAUGUAUUUGGGAGUAUAUGGUGCUUUCGGUUUAUUUAUCGGAAUAUCUGGCUACUUAUUGGACCUUUCACCUCGUCUUGGUGGACUCGCAGCUGGCAUGCGCUUACAUCGAACGUUGUUGCAUAGCAUUCUGCACGCUCCGUUAUCGUUUUUCGAAACUACGCCAACCGGACGAAUUUUAUCACGCUUCGCAAAGGAUAUAGAUGCUGUCGAUAACCGAUUACCGCAAGUGGUUUCGGAUGUAUUCGGACUUGGCUUUGAAGUUUUGGCUACUGUUGUUGUCAUAUCAAUGUCGACGUAUAUGUUCCUUGUGGUCAUCAUACCAAUAGCAUUGAUGUACUAUAUACUACAACGCAUUUACAUCGCCACGUCUCGUCAACUUAAGCGCUUGGAAUCCAUAUCUCGAUCGCCAAUUUACUCCCACUUCGGCGAAACACUUCAGGGAGCGCAUACAAUACGUGCCUACGCAGUUGGAAAGAGAUUUAUCAAAGAAUCGGAUUUAAGGGUCAAUACGAACCAAACCUCAGAAUUCGCAAGUAUUGUGGCUAAUCGGUGGCUUGGCAUCCGAUUGGAAACGGUUGCAAAUCUGAUAAUCCUUUUUGCUGCCCUAUUCGCUGUUUGGAAUCGUGACACCAUUUCAGCGGGUAUGGCUGGAUUGUCGAUCGCUUAUUCCUUGCAAAUAACCGAAGGACUGAAUUGGCUGGUACGUUCCAUUUCCACGCUGGAAACGGAAUCUGUCUCUGUCGAAAGAGUGAAGGAAUACAGUCAAGUGACGUCGGAAGCGCAAUGGACAAUAACACCACAGUUAUUACCAAAAAACUGGCCAGAGUUUGGAAGAGUUCAAUUCAACAACUUCCAGGUACGAUAUCGAGAUGGUUUGGAGUUGGUUCUGCGGGGAAUUUCGUUCGAAAUAAAUAGCGGCGAGAAAGUGGGCAUUGUAGGCCGCACUGGUGCUGGAAAGUCAAGCCUAACAUUAGCGCUGUUUCGCAUUAUCGAAGGUGCUGGCGGAUCAAUAGUAAUUGAUGGUCAUGAUAUUUCUAAAUUGGGACUCCAGGAUCUGCGAUCACGCCUAACUAUAAUUCCCCAGGAUCCUGUUCUAUUUUCCGGAACUCUUCGUCUGAAUUUGGACCCAUUCGAGCAGAAUAGCGAUGCGGAAAUAUGGACGGCACUGGAACAUUCUCACCUGAAAUCAUUCGUCGAAGAGCUAACGGCCGGUUUGAAUCACGAAAUUACUGAAGGCGGAGACAACCUCUCAGUUGGACAGAGACAAUUGCUGUGCCUAUCUCGCGCACUAUUAAGGAAAACGAAAGUGCUUAUUUUGGACGAAGCAACAGCAGCCGUUGAUCUGGAAACGGAUGAUCUGAUCCAAAAGACCAUUCGGACGGAAUUCAAUGAUUGUACCAUUUUGACAAUUGCACAUCGAUUGAACACAAUAAUAGAUUCCGAUAAGGUGCUCGUUUUGGAUCGGGGACAAGUGAUGGAAUUUGCGCCACCCACAGAGUUGCUACAGAACAAGACGGUAAUUUUUUUUUAAAUGUUGCAGCCCCUCGGGGAUAUGGGAUGUUGGGGGGUCUAUGGAAAGAGGACGUCGAGCUGAUCAUUUUCCUAGAAGAAAUUUUUUCUCUAACUUGAGAUCUGAGGGCGGUAGAGCUGCUUGAAGGCUCGAGGUCGAAUUUUUUUAAAUAGCUUUAUCUCCAGAUAUAUAGAACCGAUCUAUCUGGUCUUGGUGCAGGUGUGUAGGUAAUUGAUGGAAGAUUAAAACACAACACCAACCAUGCCAUGUCGGCUGUGGUGCCCAUAAUGGACAUUUGAAGUACAAAAGUGUCUGUAUCUCAAAACACCUCAUGUUUUUUUUCGCGUUUUUUUCGCUUAAAAUGUAGCUUAGAACCUUCCCUACAAAGCCUCAAAAUAUUACCAAGGCGCCGCACCUACAGCCCACAAAAACAGUUGAAGACCAUUUUUCGAAGUCACCUUUGUAUGACAAAUAUUCGAUUAAAUGUUAUGAAAACUGCCCUGCACACAUUCCUCUUAUAAAUAAAAUCACUUCAAAUUACACUUUUAGCAAAAAAUUUUGCAUACACCUGCAGUAGGCACAACGAUCAUCAACUAAGAAAAUUUACGGUCUCUGUACGCUGUAGUAGAUUUAUUUUCUCAUACAUUUGACAUGAUAGAGCCAAUAUAACCAGAUCGGUUGCAUCGAAUGUGGGCUUGUUGUAAAGCUGUGAUGUCUAGCAUCCAGAUAGAGCGAACAACCGACCACUUCAGGUUGACUUCUACCUUCCACAGAAUCAAACGUGUUCCCGAUGGUGACAAAAUGUUGAAAAAAUCGACAUAUUUCUACGAAAGUCGGUUAGUAUUUGUUGGUUUUGGUCUCCAGUGAAUGUGUGCAGGGCAGUUUUCAUAACAUUUAAUCGAAUAUUUGUCAUACAAAGGUGACUUCGAAAAAUGGUCUUCAACUGUUUUUGUGGGCUGUAGGUGCGGCGCCUUGGUAAUAUUUUGAGGCUUUGUAGGGAAGGUUCUAAGCUACAUUUUAAGCGAAAAAAACGCGAAAAAAAACAUGAGGUGUUUUGAGAUACAGACACUUUUGUACUUCAAAUGUCCAUUAUGGGCACCACAGCCGACAUGGCAUGGUUGGUGUUGUGUUUUAAUCUUCCAUCAAUUACCUACACACCUGCACCAAGACCAGAUAGAUCGGUUCUAUAUAUCUGGAGAUAUAGCUAUUUAAAAAAAUUCGACCUCGAGCCUUCAAGCAGCUCUACCGCCCUCAGAUCUCAAGUUAGAGAAAAAAUUUCUUCUAGGAAAAUGAUCAGCUCGACGUCCUCUUUCCAUAGACCCCCCAACAUCCCAUAUCCCCGAGGGGCUGCAACAUU